GAUAAAAAGGGAUGGAGGAGGAAGUGGAGGCUUAUCUUGAGACUAGAAGAAGACGACACUGUAAGAGGAGACCGACUGACAGACAUGCCUGAGCCACAGCAGCCAGAUGCCCAGGCGGCCGCCGCAAACACGGAGCCCGGGGACGAGUUGCCGCCUGACGAGGCUGCGCCAGGCGAGGACCCUCAGCUCUCAGAACUGACCGGUCUGUUUGUGUUGAAGCCAGAGAGCGCCACAGUCACCCAAGGCAAGGAUGUAAUGUUUGUGGCCAAAGUGGACUCUUCCACCCUGAUGAGGAAGCCCACCUUGAAAUGGCUGAAGGGGAAGUGGCUGGACCUGGGAAGCAAGGCUGGGAAGCACUUGCAGUUCAAGGAGACCUAUGACAGAAGCACCAAGGUCUACACCUACGAGAUGCACAUCAUCAAAGCGGUGGACGGAGACGCAGGUGGCUACCGCUGCGAGGUCACCUCCAAGGACAAGUGCGACAGCUGCACGUUUGAGGUGUCGGUGCAGGCGGUGCAAGAGGAGCAGCAGGACAACAUUUUGGAGGCCUUCAAGCGAUCAGGAAACGCAGAUGAAGACGCCGGCGAUCUGGACUUCAGCGCCCUGCUGAAGAAAAGGCAAAAGAAGCAACAGGCGGCGCCCAAAGAGGAAGUGGACGUGUGGGACAUCCUGAAGGCGGCCAAGCCCUGCGACUACGAGAAGAUCGCCUUCGAGUACGGCAUCACCGACCUGAGGGGCAUGUUGAAGAGGCUGAAGAAGAUGAAGACGGUGGAGCCCAAGAAGAGCGACGCCUUCCUCAGGAAGCUGGAGCCGGCGUACUCGGUGAACAAAGGCAAGAAGAUCCAGCUGAGCGUGGAGGUGGCCGACCCCAACACUCCCAUCAAGUGGCUCAAAAACGGACAGGAAAUCAAACCGUCGGCCAAGUACGUGUUUGAGAGCGUGGGCAACAAGCGGACGCUAACCAUCAACAAGUGCAACCUGUCUGACGACGCGGCCUACGAGUGCGUGGUCGGCGAGGAGAAGUGCUUCACCGAGGUCUUCGUCAAAGAACCUCCAGUGACCAUCACCAAGCUGCUGGACGACGUCCACACGGUGGUGGGAGAGAAGGUGGAGUUCGAGUUGGAGGUCUCGGAGGAAGGAGCUCACGUCAAAUGGAUGAAGGACGGCGUAGAGCUGACCAAAGACGCCGCCGCUUCCAAGUACAGAUUCAAAAAGGACGGCAAGAAGCACAUCCUGAUCAUAAACGACGCCAGCAAGGAGGACGUAGGCACCUACUACGCCUUCACCAACGGUGGGGAGUCCAAGGCCGAGCUGGAAGUCGAAGAAAAGGAGCUGCAGGUUUUGCAGAGCAUCGCCGACUUGACGGUGAAGGCGAGCGAGCAGGCCGUGUUCAAGUGUGAGGUGUCCGAUGAGAAAGUGACGGGCAAAUGGUUGAAGGACGGCGUGGAGGUCAAGCCCAGUGAUCGCAUCAGGAUGACGCAUGUUGGAAGGACACACAAGCUGACGAUCAGCGAUGUGAAGCCCUCCGACGAAGGAGAUUAUACGUUUGUCCCCGACGGCUACGCGCUCUCACUGUCGGCCAAACUCAACUUCUUGGAAAUCAAGAUCGACUAUGUUCCCAGACAAGACCCUCCUAAAAUCCACCUGGACACCAGCGGCACAGGGGGCCAGAACACCAUCACGGUGGUGGCCGGCAACAAACUUCGCUUUGACGUGGAGAUUUCCGGGGAUCCACCGCCUGUCGUGUGCUGGAAGAAGGGAGACAAGGUGAGGGGGGGAGUGGGACGCCUCGCCCGACACGUCGCAUGGUUUCAGUAUCCGGGUGACACUCCCUUGCGACCGCAGGCGGUGAGCGAGUCGGAGGGCAGGGUCCGUGUGGAGACCAGGAAGACGCUGAGCAGCUUCGUCAUCCAGGGGGCGGAGAAGGGGGACGAAGGCCUGUACUCGCUCACCGUGGCCAACCCUGCGGGCGAGGACCAGGCCGAGCUCUUCGUCAAGGUUGUGGAUGUGCCCGAUCCUCCUGAGAAUGUCAAAUGCACAUCAGUGGGCGAGGACUGCGCCACCGUCACAUGGGACCCCCCUGCAUUUGAUGGCGGAGUGCCCAUUAAAGGUUACCUGAUGGAGAGGAAGAAGAUGGGCUCGUCCAGGUGGACCAAGCUCAACUUUGACGUCUACGAGUCCACCAUGUACGAGGCCAAGAAGAUGAUCGAGGGCGUCCUGUACGAGAUGAGAGUGUUUGCCGUCAACGGCAUCGGCAUCUCCCAGCCCAGCGCCAACUCCAAGCCGUUCAUGCCCAUCGCCCCCACCAGCGAGCCCACCCGCCUGACGGUGGAGGACGUGACCGACUCCACCUGCGCCCUCAGGUGGCUUCCUCCUGAGAAAGUGGGUGCUGGAGGCAUCGACGGUUACAUCAUCGAGUACUGCCCGGAAGGAAGUGACCAGUGGGUGCAGGCCCACCAGGAGCCGGUGGAGAAGAACCAGUACAGAGUGAAGGGUCUCCCCGUGGGGGAAAAGAUGUUGUUUCGGGUGGUGGCCGUCAACAUCGCCGGGCGAAGCCCCCCCGCCACACUUACGCAGGCCGUCACCAUCCGAGAGAUCAUGGAACAUCCCAAGAUCCGUUUACCUCGCCAUCUGAGGACCCGACUGGUCAGGGUUGUUGGCGAGAAGGUCAACUUGGUCAUCCCAUUUCAGGGUAAACCUCGCCCGGUGGCAACGUGGUUCAAAGAUGGCGUCCCUCUGGAGGACCGAAGCGUGGGCACCCGGUCCAGCGAUGUGGACACCAUCUUCUUCAUCCGCUCGGCCGACAGGAACCACUCGGGGAAGUACACGCUGUCCGUGCAGAUCGAGAACAUGGCGGACAGCGCCGACAUCCACCUCCAGGUCGUAGAAAAGCCCGGCCCCCCCAUCGCGGUUCAGGUCACAGAAGUUUGGGGUUUCAACGCCUCACUAGAGUGGAAGCCGCCCAAGGACGAUGGAAACUCUGAGAUUAUUGGCUACACCGUUCAGAAGGCCGACUCCAAGACUAAGGAGUGGUUCACGGUCUACGAGCACAACCGCAGGCCCGGCUGCACCGUGUCCGACCUCAUUAUGGGGAACGAGUACUCCUUCCGAGUGUUCAGCGAGAACAUAUGCGGCCUGAGCGAAGAGCCCGGCGUCAGCAAGAACACAGCAAUCGUUCGGAAAACAGGUUUGGAGUGCAACCCUUGCCACUUCAAAGAGAAGGACCGCAACACAUCCCCAAAGUUUACAGCGCCCCUGGUGGACAGGAGUGUGAUUGCAGGUUACACCACAACCAUCAGCUGCGCCGUCCGUGGUUACCCUAAGCCCAAGAUCAUCUGGAUGAAGAACAAAAUGAUCAUCGGCGAAGACCCCAAGUUCAUGAUUCUGAACCACCAAGGCGUGCUGACGCUCAACAUCCGCAAGCCCGGCCUGUAUGACGGCGGUCGGUACUCCUGCAAGGCCGUCAACGCCCUGGGCGAGGACGAGGUGGAGUGCAAAUUGGAAGUACGAAUUGCCCAGGAGAAAGGCGGGGAGGCGAAGAAGUGAAGAGCGACGCAGGCGAGGAGGAAGUCCAACAAGAUGGCUUCUAAUGGAUUAUGUGCUGAACAAAUAUGAUUAAAAUAGAUCACUAUAAAGACAGUACUGACCCCCUCCCAUAUGCUCGCCUUUCACCGCCGCCAUGAUGGAUGCUACAUCGCUAAUGUGCCAUAAAUUCUUAGUGGCACACACACACACACACACACACACACACACACACACACACACACACACACACACACACACACACACACACUAGUGUCUUAUCUGUGAAGUGGAACUGUGUGAGCGCGCUUCUAAAGCAGCCAUAAAGUCCAUUACAUCCCC